UGGGACCACUGGGAGUAGUGGGAGUAGUGGGAGCAAAGCGGUAGCGCCUUCUGGUGGCGUGGUAAAACCGAAAGGCAAGUGCUUCAAGUGCAACAAGACAGGACAUUGGAAGACAGAUUGUCCCCUCAAGGACGUUUCUGGUACGUCUCUUGCUUUAGUUGUCGAAACAUGCUUUGCGGCUUCACGGUUGGUUGCGAAGGGUUUCACUCAGAAAGAGGGAAUCGAUUAUGAUGAGACCUUCUUACCAGUAGCCAUGCUUAAGUCGAUCCGGAUUCUCUUAUCCAUAGCAAGUCACAUGGACUAUGAGGUUUGGCAAAUGGAUGUCAAGACAGCUUUCCUUAAUGGAAACUUGGAUGAAGACAUCUAUAUGCAGCAACCCGAGGGUUAUGUGAAGAAAGGCCAAGAGCAUCAAGUAUGGAAGCUAAAGAAGUCUCUUUAUGGACUAAAACAAGCUUCUAGGUCUUGGAAUAUUCGUUUUGAUGAGGUGAUUAAGUCCUAUGGAUUUGAUCAAUGUCAAGACGAGAGUUGUGUAUACAAAAAGAGCAACGGAAACGUAGUGGUAUUCUUAGUACUAUACGUAGACGAUAUUAUUCUCAUCGGCAACGAUGUCAAGAUUUUGUCAGACGUAAAGGUAUGGCUUUCAGAACAGUUUCAAAUGAAGGACUUGGGUGAGGCAUCGUACAUUCUUGGAAUCAAGGUCAUUCGUGACAGGAAGAAGAGAAUGUUGUGUCUAUCUCAAGCUGCUUACAUUGAUACUGUGAUUGCUCGUUUCAGCAUGCAGAACUCCAAGAAAGGGUUGCUACCUUUUCAGCAUGGAGUUCCUUUAUCUAAGGAUAUGUGUCCAAAGACGCAAAAGGAGAUAGAGGAAAUGGCUAAGGUUCCUUAUGCUUCGGCUGUAGGAAGCCUUAUGUAUGCUAUGUUGUGCAUGAGGCCUGAUAUUUGCUAUGCGGUUGGCAUGGUAGCGAGAUAUCAGUCUAACCCUGGUCAAGGACACUGGACUGCGGUAAAGCACAUUCUCAAGUAUCUGAAAAGAACUCGGGAUUAUAUGCUUAUUUACCAGUCAGACAGUCUAACUCCUUUGGGUUACACAGAUUCUGAUUUCCAAGCUGAUCGAGACAAGAGAAAGUCGACCUCGGGUUAUGUGUUUAUGAUGGGAGGCGGAGCGAUCUCAUGGAGGAGUGUGAAGCAGAAAUGCAUUGCAGAUUCUACCAUGGAAGCCGAAUACGUUGCUGCUUCAGAAGCAACAAAGGAGGCUGUUUGGCUCAGGAGCUUCUUACUGGACUUAGGGGUAUCUUUGAGCGUGCCUAGGUGUAUCACAAUUUAUUGUGACAACGCUGGUGCAGUCGCAAACUCGAGAGAACCCCGAGCACAUAAGGCCAGUAAACACAUCGAGAGAAAGUACCACCUUAUACGAGAGAUCGUAAAACGAGGAGAUGUGGUUGUGACGAAGAUAGCAUCGUUGGAUAACCUAGCUGAUCCUUUCACGAAGACUCUGACUGUUAAU